AUGGCGGAGAUGCUGAGCCUGCAGCUGCUGACUCUCUGGCUGGUGUGUCACGCAGACAGCACUCCAGCUGCUGCCCGCUCAUCUCCUUGGGCUCCCAAGAAGUCCGAGGACCCAGUCAGCCACGCUUACUCAGUCUCCCCAGCCUCCAACCCCAGGCCGUGGCUGGGUGCUCAGCCCGCUGCAGUUGUGACCCCCGGGGUCAAUGUCACCUUGAGGUGCCAGGCACCCCAGCCCGCCUGGAGGUUUGCACUCUUCAGGUCUGCAGAGCUCACUGAUGUGAUUUACCGGGAUGCAUCUGCGGAACUGGAGGAGUUCUUCCUGGAGGAGGUGACCCCAGCCCAGGGUGGCAGUUACCACUGCUGCUACUGGAGGCGAGGCUGGGAGCCAAAUGUCUGGUCCCACCCCAGUGAUGCCCUGGAACUGCUGGUGACAGACGAGCUGCCGCGCCCGUCGCUGGUGGCGCUGCCCGCGCCGGUGGUGGCGCCCGGGGCCAACGUGAGCCUGCGCUGCGCCGGCCGCCUGCGGGGCAUGAGCUUCGCGCUGUACCGCGAGGGCGAGGCGGCCCCGCUGCAGUACCGGGACUCGGAGCAGCCCUGGGCCGACUUCCCGCUGCUCGGCGCCCGCGCGCCGGGCACCUACACCUGCUACUACCACACGCCCUCCGCCCCCUACGUGCUGUCGGCGCGCAGCGAGCCGCUGGUGGUCCGCGCGGACGGCUCGGGCGCCUCGGACUACACCCAGGGCAACGUCCUCCGCCUGGGGCUGGCGGGCCUGGUUCUCAUCUCGCUGGGCGCGCUGGUCGUUUUCGACCGGCACAGCCAGAAUCGCGCCUCUGGCCACGUCUGGGCCUGA